GUGAAAUGCAAGGUAUAUUUGUUUCACGAGGAAACAGUGAUGCACAAUGAUAUAUUUUGCUUUUGGCUAGAAAAUAGAAUGAUCAGUUGCUACAUUUCCGUAAAAGCAAACUGCUGCCGACAAGUGAAGCUUGUGAACAGAUUGAUAUCUGUCUGUGAUUCGAACGAGGGGUCAACUUCAGAAAUACUGCGAUAAUGUUUGGAGAUGAUUCUGAUGUUUUCUCAGAGAGCAUAGUGGAAAGAGAAGGCCCUCACCACAGCACGCCCAUUAAGGAUGGUCCCUUUAAACGCCCACUUCGUCCAGUCCGUAUAACCGCUAGAGUGGAGCCCUCUUCCCCAGUACGUCAUGUGGUCAGUGAUGGUCAACAUUCUGAGAGGCCAGGGGAUCCUGAUCGAUCCCAACACCAACACUACCUGGACUCGGGAAAGCAGCGGUCACCGGUCAGCCUACAUUCUCCGCGACAAAAUCCCAUGUCCUCCUCAGACAGCACAACGCAACAGAAACAGCGACGAGAGAUUCAGCUGUUGAUUCAGGAGCUGAGGGAGCGAGACAAUGAGCUGAAUGAGACAGUGACAGCUCACAGCAAUCAGCUCCUGGCCUGGGAGCGGGACAGACAGAGGCUGCUGACACUGGAACAGAAGUGUUCUCGAUAUGAAGGUGAGCUGCAACACAAGAAGAAGCAGGUUGACAUGAUGAAAUCGAAGCUGAAGGCAGCUCGAAGUUACCAGGAGACCCACAAUGCCAGUCUCAGCACCACUCAGGAACAGCUAGAGCAGCUGAGUCGCCAGAAACAACACAGUGUUGUUCACAUGGAUACACUGGAGAAACAGAAUGAGAGUCUUGGCAACUCUGUGAAGGCGAUGUCAGGGACCAUUGGGCAGUUGGAGGCUCGGGAACAGGAGUUGAUGACUCUGCUCCAUCUUAAGGAGAAGGACGUUAGCCAGGCCACCAACAGUGUGGCGGAGCUGAACUCACGUAUUCAGCUUCUGGACAUGCGAUGUAAGGAGUGCCAGACUCGGGAAGCCGACGCCCUGCACCGUGCCACACAGUGGAAGCAGAAAUACACUCAGGCCAGGGAGGAGAUGGAGGCACUCGCAAGUAGUGCACAAAGCAAGGACAAUGAGCUGAGUCUGGUCAGGAGUGAGAUGCAGCAGCUGCAGCAGAGAUUGGUGGCAGCGGGGGAGGAGCUGCUGAUGACAGGUGAGCGUGAGAAGAGCAAGGAUGACCUGAUUGAGUCCCUGAGGUCAAAGCAGGAGCGUACUCUGGCCGAACUCAGGAGUGUUCGUGAGCUGUAUGAGCGUCAGCAAAGGGAGAUGACUCUGAUGCAGCUCAAUUUGGACAGCUCCCGGGAGAACAGCAACCAGAACAGCAACAUGGAACAAAGCAUUGGUCUGGAUGAUUCCAUCAGUUGCCAUGGUAAUGAACCUGUUCAAUGUGUGUCUCCACGGCAACAAGAAAUUGACAAUGACCACCGCCGUGUUUCAUUUGAAGACCGCCUGUCCUCAUUCCUGGAUCAAGACACAGACAGUGAGGCUGUGUCCCAUCUUGAUGCUGCCUCCCCUGCAAGUAAACUCCAGCGCCUGUUGACAGAGUCUAGGAUGAUGAUAGAGAGCCUGGAGAAGACCACUCUACCAGCCUCAAGUAACACAGCCACCCAGGGCAACUCUGUGUCCAACCAUUCCUCACCAAUAUGCUCCCAGAAUUCUUCAGUGCAGGAAAGAGAAGCAAGUGAGCCGACACACGAGGGGACCAUGCUUCCACAGACCAAGGAAGUCCGAGAGAUCCUCAAGCUGCAUCCUGUGUCACAAGAGCAUCCUAACUUUGGGCUCAAGUCUCCAGCCUCACAGUUCAGGUCAAAUCCAGAUGCAUCAGCAUCACACUUCCAUGACUCAUGUGAUACCCAAACAGCUCAGCAAGAUGUACCCCAGAGUUCCAUCUCACCGGAACCUCAUACACAGGGGUCAAGGUCACUUGAUUUUUCAAGACCUUAUCAGUAUAAUGAAGAUCAGUCAAGGUCACAAGUUGUCCAAUCUCUUAGGUCAAGGUCACAUGACCCUUAUUUUCAGGUGUCAAGGUCGCAGGAUUUCCAAUCCCAGGAAUUAGAGGCACAUGACCCUUAUCCACUGAUGUCAAGGUCACAUGAUUUCCAAUCCCAGGAAUUAAGGUCACGUGACCCUUAUUCACAUAUGUUGCGUGAACCUCAUUCAGAAGUGACAAGGUCACAUGACUUCCAAUCACAAGGUGAAGCUUCACAAGAUGUUGAAGGUCAGGAUGCAAGGUCACAGUACUUUCAAUCCCAGCGUUCCCUGUUUGUGUCAGAGUUACCAUCCAUGGCUCAGGUUGAGUUCAGUGACACAGAAUCAUCCGACAUUCUCAGAAGACAGGUUGACAGCUGAUGACAGAUUCCACCAAAUAUUUUGGGUCAUUAUUCGACCUGUAUGGGACCAUGUAUAUGAAGGUGCUAUUACAUACAUCGUAUACAAUAUUGUACUCAAUAUUUGCAAGGUUUAUCAGUCAGCUAUAUAUACCACUCAAAGAAGUUAAGGAACACCAGAUUCUUUCAUUAAUAUAGUUGCUUGCUGUAAGAGGCGACUAUGCUUGUCGUAAGAGGUCUUGACCGGGCGCAGCCAUUUUGUUUCAAGCUAAUGCAAAUUGAUAAGAGAAGUGGAAUCUGAUUGGUCAACAGGAGGGACAUAUAAGUGACAUAGUUCGUAAAAGACACUGGUGGUGCUACGAUCGAGACCCGAAAUUUCAGCCCAGUUCGACCAAGGUGAAAACUGGACUUUUACAGUCAGUUAACUCCCUUGCUUCGGAAAGAUCGAUCAACACCAUACUAAACGUAUUCUAUAUCUAAAUGGUAAACCAGGAUCAGAUUCUUAAUUUCCAUAUUGUGAAGAUCCAGGUUAGAAUUGGUUAUCAGCAACCCAUGCUUGUCGUAAGAAGCGACUAACAGGAUUGGGUGGUCAGACUUGCUGACAGGGUUGAUACAUGUCAUCAUAUCCCC